UCUGUUGAGACUGGCAAAGGCCAACGAAGGCUGUGGGUAUGGGGUCCUUUCGACACGCUCUACGUACGAAACCACGUCCAACCGUAUAAGAAGGGUAAAUAAGGAUCUCUGAUGGUCUGGGCUGCUAUUGGUAUUGGUUUAGGGCCUUCCCCUUUGAUUACAAUACCGAAGAACGCGAAAGGCACCUAUGCUUCAGAAGAAUAUACGGCUACCCUCGAGGAAGGCCUUCUACCCUUCCUCGAUCAUCCAGAAGACGCUGUAUUUCAAUAGUAUAACGCCUCAAUCUAUACAAGUAGUUGGACUAUGUCGUGGUUCUUAGAAAGAGGCAUCGUAGUCCACGUUAGCUGGCCCCCCUACAGUCCAGAUUUGAACUGUAUUGAACACCUAUGGCCACGACUAAAAGAGCGUCUCUACGAGCUCUGUCCUGAGUUAUUAGCUCCGGGGGCUACGAAGGAUUAACAGACUACGUUACUUGAAUAUUGGUUACCCCUAGCAUGGGACGAAAUCAUGCAUUUUCGAGAGCCGUGUAUUGAAUUAAUACCGGACAGGAUUGAGGCAGUUAUUGUAGCACAGGGUUGGUACACGCGAUACUAGAGCUACCAGAUUUUACGACGUGAAAGAGCGCGUUAAAUAGUCCAUAUUCCUUCAUAUAAGCGAGUUAUUUAGACUUGUGGUUGUUAAGAUAAUCUGAAGUUGGUGUGGUUGUCCGAGGGU